CAAGAUGACUGAAGGAGUGAAACAAGCACUGUGGCUAACGAAGACAAAGUUAAUGAAAGGCUUACCACCAAAAGUGCUCAGCAUCAUGGACGACCCGGCCAACCAGCUAGAGAACCAGGACGAGAGGGUACGAAAUGCCAUCUUUCAUGCGUGUUUCUGGGCUACCACAGAAGUUGUUCCUAGGAGAAAAACUUACUGCCCCAUACUCCUGGAAGACUUGUUGCAUUUAUGUAGGACAAUGACUAGCAAGUUUCCAUCGCUGUCUAAAAGGAUGCUGGGUAGAAAUUAUAGACUGACUGCUACGUGGGAGAGAGAAUCUGUUCUUCUUCAGGUUCGCGGCUUGAAUGGAAUACUUUUGAAUGCCAUAAAUCCAAUACAGCCAGUAGCCUCCAAAGAUGAAAUAUUAGCCACUGAAAACUACACUCUUGAGUCCUUCUAUCCCAUCUCACCUACAAUUGAUCUGCAGGAUGUUAAUAUAUAUGAAGAAAAAAAUGAUACAGGUUUUAGGGAGGAUUAUCCAUAUCCUUAUCCUCACACUUUGUACUUUAUGGAAUCAAACAAUCUUCGUCCUCAUCGCUUUAGACCAGAACCGCUCCAGGCUAAAAUGAUGAUGUUUGCUUUUGGCAAUGCAUUAGCAAAGGCCAGGAUUCUGUAUGGGGAUGAGCCUAGGGUUUUAGAGCAACCAAUAGUAGUGCAAACCAUUGGCACAGAUGGUCGUGUUUUCCAAUUCGUGGUAUUCCAGUUAAAUACAACAGAGUUUGCCUCUAAUGAUGGUGUUAAAAACCUAGUCUGGAUUGACUCUGAUCAGUUGAUGUAUGAAUAUGCCCAGCGUAUUCCGUCUAUCAAGAAGAAAGUUGUUACGGUGCCUGCUGGAAUACAUGGCUAUGACCCAGACACAUUCAAGAAGUUUCUGGCACUCUAUUUACAUGGAGCAGUAUAAAAUCCUAGUUGAGCAAAAAUCCUUCAAGUUUACCUGCCAUUUACUCUUUCAUCAGACGAUCAUGUAGUGAAGCAAGUGACAUAAUAUACCUUGAAUAAUUUAAGGAUUUAAACAAUGUUUGUU